AAAAAUCUCAGUCUGGGAUAUGUCAGGUACUAACAACAUUGAAUCUGAUACAUUAUUUAUCAGUUUUUAAGAAAAACUCAGUAGCUUUUCAAAACUCAUAUUCAGGAUCUUAAAGGACAAAACGUUCGAGUAAAACACUCGUCAAUAUACAACAUAUUAAUCCAGUGUUGUAUUGUGCAUGAAUUAUGUGUGCACAUUACAGGACGAUCUUUUAUUUUGGUAGGUGAAGUGGAUGCAUGAAACACUGCAGCAACUGACACAACAACAAAAGCAACCAAGAGAACAUGUACAGGCUUAAACUGCAGCUCCAGUGCAGCAUACGUGUUUCUGUUGUAUAGCAUUUAUAAGUGCGAAAUGAACUUGUUGAACAGUGGCGAAAACGUGCUUUAAAUAUUUACUGUAACGCGCAGUGUGUUUGCGACAGUUUUUCUCCUUUACGUUGUCGAUGUGGACUUUCGUGGUUGCUAAGGGCCGGGCAGACACCGGUUUGUUUUGAUAUCGUGCUGCCACCAAGUGGCGUAAAGGAGAAGUGAUGCUAAUGACUAGAGCUGUGGAGAUGUGUUUCAGAAUCAUAAACAUAAUUAUGUUUUGAUAAAUCUAAUUUAAGCACGUAGAAGUGGCGGAGAGCGAACCCACGAUCUCUGAUUUAAAGAACGACCGAUAGGACGAAGUGCACUGGGCAAAUGUCAUGCGCAUGCGCAAAAAUACCAAACGCAAAUUGAUAUAUGCUGAUAGAUCAGCAUCUUAUAUAUGUUACAUGAUAAAAAAUUUCAAUUAGGGGAUUUUUUUAUUUGUUUUUGUUAAGUAAAAAAAAAUUGUGAUGUCGAAUUAAGUGUUGCUAUGCUUGAAAAAAUGUGUGUAACACCGUGUCAUUAUAGUUGUACAUUUGUAUCCACAGAUCUCUGAAACACUCAAGAGAAGAACUAAAGACUUGGAUAAAGUGCAAGUGACUGUUUAUCAGUGGAUAAAGCAUCAAACAAAAUGCUUUGGAUGUACAGGGUCGCAUUAAAUGCUCAAGAAGAACAGAGACGCACCGAUGUGGACGUGCCUCUCUUAACACCAGACAUCUUCAACACCGUGGUCUCCAUGUUUCUGAAUGAUGUCGCCUCUGAGCAAUGGAGGCAGCUGCAGGCCGGACACAUGGAUUUAGACACCUUCACCCUGCUGUCAGACAUGUGUAAGGAGACCGUGGAUGCAGUCAGCGUCUCAGUCCUGGAAGCCGUGGAACCUCAAGUCACCAAUGGUGGCACCAUUAUAUAUGUUACCACAGGGACUGAAACUCAACCAAAGAGGCAGCAUCACAUCUACAGAGUAACAGAAGAAGCCAUUCGAUGCCUUGGAGAUUCCCUCCAUCGCUGCUUUGGUGAGGCGCUGGGGUUAGAACGGGAGAGAACCCACGAGUUGGAGGAACUGGUGGAGCUGUUUGGAUUGGAGGUGAUGAAUAAGGUGAACCGCAAACUGGCUCAAAUGGAGGCAGCAACCUCUGCCCAUCAGACGAAGACAUCAGAAGCUUCAUCUCAUAUUGAAGACAUGGUUCGUCUUGUAGCUGACAUAUUGAAAAGGUGCAAAAACACCUUUCUUGCUGGGUUUCUGUGGAGGCUGCUGCAUCACAUCAAUACCGAGACAAGAACACCAAUCAAGGUGGACUUUUAUGAGAAGCUGGAACGUUUGAUUGAGCAAACUGAGGGAGAACUAACUUCCACUUUCCCACAGACUACUUCAAACCUUAAUGUCUGCAUCUACAAACAACUCUGUCAGGAGUUUCGAUGUGCAGCGGCGCUCAUGUCUGCUGUGGCGUACAACCCAGUGGCUUUUGAAGAAGCUGUUGCCAGGGCUUUGAAAGCAAAGAAAAAAAACGUGAGCUGUGUCAAAAAAGUGAAGAGAUUUUUCGGCAAGAAGACCAGCAAGGUCACUCCAGGCUGAGAGAACACAAGUGACGUCAGCAAACAGGAGAGUGAGCCUCAGGAGAAGAAGAAACGCUUCAGAAUUAUAUUGAAAACCACCUGAGGCAGAUAUAUUCCACAUGCUCACGUCUUCCAGCAACCAAUAUCCAUUAUUGUCUGUAUGUAUUAAUAAACAUUUUCAUUGCAAAAAAAAAAAAAA